UCGGUACUUAUAUCGGAGGUUUUUACAUCUCAGAAAGACUAUCAGUGGUGGCGGAUCAGGUUGAGAAGUGGCAAAAACAUGGGCUCCCGUGAUGAUCUAUCACGAGCGAUGCAGAGAAGAGGAGAGGAGGUUAAUCGAGGGGAGAGAGGGUUGAGGAGCGGAGAAGAGGAUUAUAUCUUCCGACUCUUUUUGUAUCUCGUAAUCAAAGGUGAGUUUCCGUGGGCAAGAAAAUGGGUGGGGAUCUUAUCGAGUGGGGACCUGGAGGUAUCGACGAACGAUCCUGGAGUAUACGUACUCGUUAGUCCGUAUUGUCGGCACUUCUAUCUGGGAUGUACUUCUCAGAAGAUUAUUAUUAGAUGGGCGGAUCAUGUGAAAGGUGUUAUUCAAAGCAAGAUGGGUAACGCGCCGAGACUUCACUGUUGGCUCAAGGUUUUCGGAUGGGAGAAGUACCUCGCCCUUCCUUUGAUAAGUAAAGUUUCGGACCCCUUCGCGGUGGAAAGAGCCCUUAUCAGGAGGUUUUCGCCCACUUUGAACACGCAAGGAAACAAGAGUGAGAGGAAGAAGACAAGGAGGAGGAAAGGGAAGAGGGAAAGAGGGAAGAGGGGGAGUAACCAGGUGGGGGGAACGGUCAUCACGUUCAACGGAAAAGCAUCGAUUAUCGAUGCAAUCAGGGAGUUGAAGCAAAGAGGAGGGGACCCACGGAUUCACUCUUCCGGCGGGACUAUUUGGGUAGAUAAAUGGAAGAUCGUCAAAGGGAAAGUAGGUGGUUGUGUUUUAGAGAUUAAAGGGUGUAGCUCAUCUUUAGGUGAUUGCAGGAAGGCGUUAGAAGAAGGUGGGGUCUUUCGGCUUAAGGUGAUUAAGAUAGUAACGUCAAGAAUCCAGCGCAGGAAGAAUGUUCUUCGUGAUCUCCUGCGCUUUCCUGGUAGAAUUCGGAGGAUGUAUCAGGCGGGAUCUGAGGAGCUUAUUGCUUUGUUCCGAACCACGACGCUCUUCUUCAAUAAGAAGACAAGGAACUACCUGAAGAAUGCCAUUACCAAGAUCGUGAGAAGGAAAUUUGGCGUCGAGAUCCGGAGGAAACCUUGCGUCAAGAUACCAUUCUCGCCAGGAAUUCGAAUAGGGGAGGUGAGCAGUGUUGCUGCAUGCAUGCUGUCGCAGACUCUGCCAGAUAAGAAUAUUUCUGCGUUUGUUGGAAAGCGUGUGAGAGUCGUAUUCAAGAAAAGGAUUACUGUGGGGGGAGUGAUUCACAAUCACCGAUUGUUCGCUGAGAUGGGAGAGGCGGAAUGUACGUGCCAGGGUCUUGAUCUUCCAAGGGUGGGAGGACAUGUCAAGGUGAGACUGGAGAACGUUGGGAGAUUACCAGCAUUUGUAACGAAUUCGAAGAAUAUCACCAAAGGUUACGAUGCUACCGUCGGCAUGCUGGAGGAAUGUAUUCGAGAGGGUUUGGAACCUUGGUCGAUGAGGAAGAUCAUCCGCGUGAACCACGAGAUGUUACGCAGAUGCAUCGGCCCGGCGAGUGUCGAGGUGUCACUUGCUAUGACAGUAAGAGAGGUAAAGGAGACGAUGGUGAUGUUCCAGAAACUAGCCGCCGUUCCUAUUGACCGAAACCCAGGUGCCACUCUUCUUAUCUGCCCAAGCAUGUAUGUUGAAGCAUGUAAACAGGUGUUCAAUCUCAAUCCGAGUUACGAGUCCGUUUUUCGCGAGGAGGUCGAGAUUCUCAGGUCGAUGAAGGAAGAUUACGAAAAGCGUGGUCUACGGCGAGUGGCAAGGUGGCAGACGGGAGGGAAAGUGGGACAAUCAUACAUUCUACCGAAAGCUAAGGAUCUAGAUAGAUGGAGACCGAUCUCUCCGUGCACGCACGAUCCAGGGAGGUUGGCAGGGUCGAGAGUAGGAAAGGCAAUCCGGUAUAUGCUGUUUGGUGUCGAUCGAAGAAUUCACUUUGAUUUGAAAUCGACCGAUGAGAUGAAAGAGUAUUGCGGACUGAUGCAGAAGAGAUUGGGCAGGAAAGCGGAUGGGGCUUUGAUUAGGAGUUAUGAUAUAAAGGACAUGUUUGCCCGCUUGUCACACCACAUCGUGUUAGAUGCACUAGCUUGGCUGAUUAAGUACCAUCAGGAUAGAGGUAUGAUGGGGGUAAAAGUCAGUGCGAGAGGAAAGAUUUGUGCCAUGAUCAGAAAAGUGAAAAAGGAGGAAGGGUUCGUGGUUUUGAAAUUUGAAGAUAUCCGGGAGGUUAUUGAAUUUGAGGUAACUCACACCUUCAUUAGAUGCGCGGGUGGGCUGUUGAAGCAAGUCUUCGGGAUUCCUAUGGGGAGGAAUUCGAGUCCGGCUAUUGCCUGUCUGGUAUGUGCAUUUGGGGAAGUUAACUUCGUGAUGUCACUGGGUAGAAUGAGGGAGAUGGUGUGCGGGAUGUGGAUGAUUGAUGAUGUCGCAGUAGCUGUAGCAUUCAAGGUAGGUGACCAGAAGAGUAUUUCCGAGGCCGAGAAUGUUCUGAACAGAUUUGGAGAAUGCUAUGACAACAGACUAACACUGGUCAGGAAAGAUGUAGGGGGCAACUCCUUUGAUUUCUAGGGAACUCGGAUUUUUCUGGAAAUUCAGCCCAUCAGAUUCGUCA